AUGGAAAAAAAGAAGAAAAACAUCACUUUUUAUGCCCUUGAUCUCAUGGAAAACGAGCUUAAUAAGUCAUUAUCUUCGUUGGGGACUUUUUCACAUGUUAAACUUGUUGGUCUCUGUGGCACUUAUGAAGAUGGAAUGGACUUUAUAGCAACUUUACCAGAUAAUAAACAAAAAACUUUCAUGUGGUUAGGUUCCUCAAUUGGAGAUUUAAGUAGAGAAAAUGGAGCAAAAUUUAUCCAUCUUUUCCAAGAAAAAGUAAUGAAUCCUGGUGAUUUGUUUUUAAUCGGAAUCGAUAGGAGAAACAACCGUGAAAAAAUUGCUGCUGCUUACGAUGAUCCUCAGGGCAUCAAUGCUGAGUUUGCAAUGAAUGCAUUGGAUCACCUUAAUGUUAUUUUUGAUCAGCCAUUUAUCAAUCGUAAUAAUUUUGAUUAUUUUUCAACCUAUAAUGAAGAUGAAGGUAGACGUGAAGGAUAUUAUCGGUCCAAAAAAGAUCAAAUAUUUGAAUUUAUAGUUUCUAAUGAUAUCAACAAAGAAAAAAUCAAAAUCAACGUAAAAGUGAAUGAACUUAUUCUAAUUGCAUAUUCUUAUAAAUAUAAUAAAACUGAAACUACGAAGCUUUUUUACGAUGCCCAUUUAGCUCAUGUAGAAAAAAUAUGGAAAUCAUGGGAUGCGAUAUCCUUGAGCAUGAUUCCAUUGGAUAAAAUGUAUUCGAAACCUAUUUAUCUUCGACAUCCUUUGAUUUUUUAUUUAGGUCAUAUUCCCUCUUUCCUUGAUAUUAAAUUGGCCACAUAUUCUCAUGAAAAAUUUACUGAAACAGAAAAUUUUGCCAAUAUUUUCGAACGAGAAAUUAAUCAUGAUAUGGAUGACUUGUCAAAGUGCAAUCCUCAUUCGGCUGUUCCUGAUCAAUGGCCAAAAUUAAGUUUAGUCCUCGAAUAUCAAGAUAAGGUUAGGCAAAGACUUUUACGUAUUUACGAUGCUUAUAAGGAUAAGCAAAUACCACGUUCUUUAGAUUUACCAUUUGGUUGGGAUAACGAACUUCCUUCACGGAAAAUCACCGUAGAAUCAUUUAAGAUUCAAUCACGUCCUAUAACUAAUAAUGAAUACUUGGAAUUUAUGAAGGUAACUGUAAAUCAGAAUUACCCAUUAUCUUGGAUUCCAAUAGAUCUUUCGUCAUUUGAGUAUAGAGUUCGGACUGUAUUCGGACCGGUCGAUAUGACCGUGGCGAUGAAUUGGCAUGUAUUGUUGAGUUUUGAACAAGCAAGCCAUUAUGCUGAAUGGGCAAAGAUGCGGCUUCCUACUGAAGGAGAAUUACGAUGUUUUUAUGAUACUUACUCACGAAACCUAAAUUUGGAUUCAAAUUUUGGAUUUGCCUAUUGGCAUCCAACUGAUGUCCCGUUGGAUAAUAAUUCUGUUCAUAACAUAGUAGUGCGUGGGCAUGGACUUCUACCAAAUUUGAGGAAUACCCUGGGUUCGUUAAAAGUAAAUUAUAUCCCGGAAAUUCUUCUGAUUUCUUUGAUGGAAAACAUUAUGUAA